GGCCGUCGCUCGGCUCCCCUCACAGCCCCGGCGCUGCGGGCUAAGGAGACGACCGAGCCCAGCGGGCGGAGGGCGCGCGGCCCCCCACUUGCCGGCCGGCGGCGCCGGCGGCCCUCAGCAUGUUCCGCGAGGCGAGGCUUUUGCUCCCGCCCGUGGGCUGAGGCGGCGGCGGCGGCCAGAAGCAGCGACAUGCACCUGCCAGGCGCGGCUUAGAGGACGCGGCAGGCGGGGAGUCCCGGCCGCCAGCGAGGGCUUUCUUCCCGCGGCCGCCUCCCGCUUCCCGCGGCCGCGGGCCCGAGCCGGAGCGGCGGGGUGGGCGCCCCGACAUGGCGGCCCGGAGCGCCCCGAACUGCCACCUGCGGCUCGAGUGGGUGUACGGCUACCGGGGCCACCAGUGCCGCAACAACCUCUACUACACGGCGGCCAAGGAGAUCGUGUACUUCGUGGCGGGCGUCGGCGUGGUCUACAGCCCGCGGGAGCACCGGCAGAAGUUCUACCGCGGCCACAGCGACGACAUCAUCAGCCUUGCUUUGCAUCCUGAACGAGUAUUGGUAGCAACAGGACAAGUUGGGAAAGAGCCUUAUAUCUGUGUUUGGGAUUCCUACACUGUGCAGACUGUAUCAGUUCUAAAGGAUGUUCAUACACAUGGUAUAGCUUGUUUAGCAUUCGACUUAGAUGGACAGCGUUUGGUUUCAGUUGGACUCGAUUCAAAGAAUGCAGUUUGUGUUUGGGAUUGGAAAAGGGGAAAAAUGUUAUCUAUGGCUCCUGGUCACACAGAUAGAAUAUUUGAUAUUUCUUGGGAUUUGUACCAGCCAAAUAAACUUGUCAGCUGUGGUGUAAAACAUAUCAAGUUCUGGAGUUUAUGUGGAAAUGCUCUGACCCCAAAACGAGGGGUUUUUGGUAAGACUGGUGAUCUUCAGACAAUAUUGUGCCUAGCUUGUGCAAGAGAUGAAUUAACAUAUUCUGGUGCACUCAGUGGGGAUAUAUAUGUUUGGAAAGGAAUUAAUCUUAUACGAACAAUACAAGGAGCCCAUGCUGCAGGAAUUUUUAGCAUGAAUGCUUGUGAAGAAGGCUUUGCUACUGGUGGCAGAGAUGGCUGUAUUCGUCUUUGGGAUUUAACUUUUAAACCAAUUACUGUGAUUGAUCUCAGGGAAACAGACCAGGGAUACAAAGGUUUGUCUGUGAGGAGUGUUUGUUGGCGAGGUGACCACAUUCUAGUUGGAACACAGGACAGUGAAAUUUUUGAAAUUGUGGUCCAUGAAAGAAAUAAACCUUUCCUGAUUAUGCAAGGACAUUGUGAAGGUGAACUUUGGGCACUUGCCAUCCAUCCUACUAAACCUUUGGCGGUGACUGGAAGUGAUGAUCGUUCAGUCAGGAUAUGGAGCCUAGUAGAUCAUGCACUAAUAGCAAGGUGUAAUAUGGAAGAACCAAUUCGUUGUGCAGCUGUAAAUGUAGAUGGAAUCCAUCUUGCCCUUGGAAUGAAGGAUGGCUCAUUCACUGUACUUCGAGUAAGAGAUAUGACAGAAGUUGUACAUAUUAAAGAUAGGAAGGAGGCAAUUCAUGAGUUAAAAUAUUCACCAGAUGGAAUGUACCUUGCUGUUGGAUGCAAUGAUGGCUCAGUUGAUAUUUAUGGAGUUGCUCAGCGUUAUAAAAAAUUUGGGGAAUGUGUCGGAUCAGUUAGUUUCAUCACUCACCUGGACUGGUCCUCCGACAGUAGAUAUUUACAGACAAAUGAUGGAAAUGGUAAAAGACUUUUUUAUAGGAUGCCAGGAGGAAAAGAAGUGACAAAUAAAGAAGAAAUAAAAGGUGUUCAUUGGGCUUCAUGGACAUGUGUUUCAGGCCUUGAAGUAAAUGGAAUUUGGCCCAAGUAUUCAGAUACCAAUGAUAUAAAUUCAGUAGAUGGAAACUAUAUUGGCCAAGUUUUAGUUACAGCUGAUGACUAUGGAAUUGUAAAAUUAUUCCGAUAUCCUUGUUUAAGAAAAGGGGCCAAGUUUAAAAAAUAUAUUGGCCAUUCGGCCCACGUAACUAAUGUCAGAUGGUCACAUGAUUAUCAGUGGGUUAUUUCUAUUGGUGGAGCAGAUCACUCUGUCUUUCAGUGGAAAUUUAUUCCUGAAAGAAAAUUAAAAGAUGCUCUUCACAUAGCACCUCAAGAAAGUCUGGCUGACUCGAAUAGUGAUGAAUCAGAUUCAGAUCUAUCUGAUGUUCCAGAACUGGAUUCUGAAAUUGAACAAGAGACACAGCUCACCUACCGUCGGCAGGUUUACAAAGAAGAUCUACCUCAGCUUAAAGAACAAUACAAAGAGAAACAAAAAAGUGGUACUUCUAAAAGAAGAGAACGGGCUCCAGGAAAUAGUAUUCGGUUACACUUUGUUCACGGUUACAGAGGUUAUGACUGUCGAAGUAAUCUGUUUUAUACUCAAAUUGGUGAAAUUGUAUACCAUGUGGCAGCAGUGGCUGUCAUUUAUAAUCGACAACAGAACACUCAGCGCUUUUACCUGGGUCAUGAUGAUGAUAUUCUCUGCCUGGCUAUUCAUCCUUUGAAAGACUACGUAGCAACAGGCCAGGUAGGUAGGGAUCCCUCAGUUCACAUAUGGGAUACAGAGACUGUUAAACCAUUGUCGAUAUUAAAGGGCUACCACCAGUAUGGUGUCUGUGCUGUUGAUUUCUCAGCGGAUGGGAAACGUUUGGCCUCAGUUGGAAUAGAUGAUGGCCAUACUAUUGUGCUGUGGGAUUGGAAGAAAGGAGAGAAACUUUCAGUAGCAAGAGGAAGUAAAGAUAAGAUUUUUGUUGUAAAGAUGAACCCCUACGUGCCUGAUAAAUUAAUUACAGCUGGAAUUAAACACAUGAAAUUUUGGCGUAGAGCAGGGGGAGGAUUGAUUGGAAGAAAAGGCUACAUAGGCACACUGGGGAAAAAUGACACAAUGAUGUGUGCAGUGUAUGGAUGGACUGAAGAGAUGGCUUUUUCUGGAACAUCCACAGGAGAUGUGUGUAUCUGGAGAGACAUCUUUCUUGUAAAAACAGUUAAAGCACAUGAUGGGCCAGUGUUCAGUAUGCAUGCGUUGGAAAAAGGAUUUGUAACUGGAGGAAAAGAUGGUGUAGUAGCUCUUUGGGAUGACUCGUUUGAAAGAUGUCUCAAGACUUAUGCUAUAAAAAGAGCUGCUUUGGCCCCAGGAUCUAAAGGUCUUCUCUUGGAAGAUAACCCAUCUAUACGUGCCAUAUCAUUAGGACAUGGUCAUAUUUUAGUUGGCACAAAGAAUGGUGAAAUAUUAGAAGUGGAUAAAAGUGGCCCAAUAACACUUCUGGUCCAGGGACACAUGGAAGGAGAGGUGUGGGGUUUGGCUACACAUCCUUAUCUGCCCAUCUGUGCUACUGUGAGUGAUGACAAAACCUUAAGAAUAUGGGAUCUCUCUCCUAGUCAUUGUAUGUUGGCUGUCCGGAAACUGAAAAAGGGUGGAAGAUGUUGCUGUUUUUCUCCUGAUGGUAAAGCUUUAGCUGUAGGUCUCAAUGAUGGAAGUUUCUUAAUGGCAAAUGCAGAUACUCUAGAGGAUCUUGUAUCUUUUCACCACAGAAAAGAUAUUAUUUCGGAUAUUCGAUUUUCACCAGGUUCUGGGAAGUAUCUCGCUGUAGCAUCCCAUGACAGCUUUGUAGAUAUAUACAAUGUAAUGAGUAGUAAACGAGUAGGAAUAUGCAAAGGCGCUACCAGUUACAUAACCCAUAUUGACUGGGAUAUUAGAGGAAAGCUUUUACAGGUCAACACUGGUGCUAAAGAACAGUUAUUCUUUGAGGCUCCCAGAGGGAAAAAACAGACCAUCCCCAGUGUGGAGGUAGAAAAACUUGGUUGGGCAUCAUGGACAAGUGUGCUUGGUUUAUGCUGUGAGGGAAUUUGGCCAGUAAUUGGAGAAGUCACAGAUGUAACUGCUUCUUGCCUCACCAGUGACAAAAUGAUCCUAGCUACUGGGGAUGAUUUGGGAUUUGUGAAGUUAUUUAGAUAUCCUGCUAAAGGAAAAUUUGGGAAGUUUAAGAGGUAUGUGGCCCAUAGUGCACAUGUCACAAAUGUUCGCUGGACUUAUGAUGACAGCAUGUUGGUUACCUUAGGAGGUGCAGAUAUGUCUUUAAUGGUUUGGACAAAUGAAAUGGAGGGCUAUCGAGAAAAAAGGCCUUAUGAUAGUGAAGAAUCUGAUAUAGAUUCUGAAGAAGAUGGGGGCUAUGACAGUGAUGUUACAAGGGAGAAUGAAGUCAGUUACACCAUCAGAGCCUUAUCAACAAAUAUCCGUCCAAUGUUUGGAAUCAAGCCUCAUUUGCAACAAAAAGAACCCUCAAUUGAUGAGAGGCCCCCUGUGAGCAGGGCUCCGCCCCAGCCAGAGAAACUCCAGACAAAUAAUGUCGGCAAGAAAAAGAGACCCGUAGAGGACCUUGUGUUGGAGCUUGUUUUUGGCUAUCGAGGCAGAGACUGUAGGAAUAAUGUUCACUAUUUAAAUGAUGGUGAUGAUAUAAUUUAUCACACUGCAUCUGUUGGAAUUCUGCACAAUGUUGCUACAGGAACUCAGAGUUUUUAUCAGGAACAUAAUGAUGAUAUUCUGUGCCUCACUGUAAAUCAGCACCCCAAAUUUAUCAACAUAGUGGCAACUGGCCAAGUAGGUGACUCAGCAGACAUGUCAGCUACAGCCCCUUCCAUCCACAUCUGGGAUGCAAUGAACAAGCAGACUUUAUCUAUACUAAGAUGCUACCAUUCAAAGGGAGUGUGUGCAGUCAGCUUCAGUGCUACUGGCAAACUCUUGCUGUCUGUGGGACUAGACCCAGAACAUACUAUUACCAUUUGGAGAUGGCAGGAAGGCGCCAAAAUCGCCAGCAGAGCUGGUCACAACCAACGUAUUUUUGUGGCAGAAUUCCGACCAGAUUCAGAUUCCCAGUUUGUCUCUGUGGGAGUAAAGCAUGUGAAGUUCUGGACACUGGCAGGAAGGGCUCUUCUUAGCAAAAAAGGGCUGCUGAGCACACUGGAAGAUGCCCGGAUGCAGACCAUGCUUGCUGUUGCGUUUGGUGCAAAUAACUUGACGUUUACAGGUACCAUCAGUGGAGAUGUCUGUGUGUGGAAAGAUCACAUAUUGUGUAGAAUCGUGGCCAGAGCUCACAAUGGGCCUGUGUUUGCCAUGUACACCACCCUGCGAGACGGACUUAUCGUGACUGGUGGCAAGGAAAGGCCGUCAAAAGAAGGAGGAGCAGUGAAACUGUGGGAUCAGGAACUGAGGCGAUGCCGAGCCUUCCGGCUUGAGACAGGACAAGUCACAGAUUGUGUUCGUUCUGUGUGCAGAGGCAAAGGCAAGAUACUAGUUGGGACAAGGAAUGCUGAAAUAAUUGAAGUUGGAGAGAAAAAUGCAGCAUGUAAUAUUUUAGUUAAUGGUCAUGUGGAUGGACCCAUAUGGGGACUAGCAACACAUCCUUCCAGGGAUUUUUUCCUUUCUGCUGCGGAAGAUGGGACAGUGAGACUAUGGGAUAUUGCUGAUAAAAAGAUGUUAAACAAAGUGAAUUUGGGACAUGCUGCUCGUACUGUGUGUUAUAGCCCUGGAGGGGACAUGGUGGCUAUUGGAAUGAAAAAUGGAGAAUUUAUUAUUUUACUGGUGAGCUCUCUAAAAAUAUGGGGAAAGAAGAGAGAUAGACGAUGUGCAAUCCAUGAUAUCAGAUUUAGUCCCGAUUCCCGGUUUCUGGCAGUGGGUUCUAGUGAGAACUCAGUGGACUUUUACGACCUAACGUUGGGCCCCACCCUUAACAGAAUCAGCUACUGCAAAGACAUUCCAAGCUUUGUCAUUCAAAUGGACUUCUCUGCAGACAGCAGAUAUCUCCAGGUCUCCACUGGUUGCUAUAAACGGCAUGUCUAUGAAGUGCCUUCAGGAAAACAUCUUAUGGAUCAGGCUGCCAUUAACAGAAUUACUUGGGCUACAUGGACUAGUAUUCUAGGAGAUGAAGUUAUGGGAAUCUGGUCCAGGCAUGCUGAGCGAGCCGAUGUUAACUGUGCCUGCGUAUCUCAUUCAGGAAUCAGCCUUGUAACAGGAGAUGACUUUGGCAUGGUUAAGUUAUUUGACUUCCCGUGUCCUGAAAAAUUUGCGAAGCACAAAAGGUUCUUGGGUCAUUCACCCCAUGUGACAAAUAUUCGAUUUACCAGUGGUGAUCGACAUGUUAUUAGUGCUGGAGGUGAUGACUGCAGUUUAUUUGUCUGGAAAUGUGUACAUAUGCUUCACUGAAAGAUAUGGAUGCUGAGAAGACUCUAAAUUAACAGCCUUGAGAAACCAGAAUUACAGAAGAGGAAAAAAAAACCCAGAACCAAACCCUGCAUGGUCAUGUGGUGCUAACUUAAGCUUGUAACAAGAGAUAAAUGCCCAGAAAUCAUCAAAAUAGUAGAAGAUUGAUAAGUUCAAAAUAUUUGCUAUAUGCACUGGAUAACUGUCCAUAAUCCAUACACUGCCAGAUACUUACACUUCAAGGAAGGACUGAAUAAAUACUUGAUGGUGAAAGCUAACCCCCUACUUUUGGGGAGUGUGCAAACUUGGCAGACCUGCUGGGAGGUGUAGGGGACAGCACGCCUCAAAAGGCAAACCAAAACCUUAAAAACCCAACUUGGAUAGUUUUCAUCUUUUUAGCAAAACUUUGUUUCUUUUAGAAUUUAUAUUUUAUUUUCAAGGUUCAUGGCUUAAUGAAGUAUUUUAUCCUUGUGUUUACAAAAGGAAAAGAAACACACCAUCACCCUAAAGGAUCAGUUUUCAGAAGGCAAACAUUAUUUUCCUUAAGGAAACGUACAAGCUUUACUGGAGAAUAUAAUGCUUCUUAAGCAUUAAUAAAGCCCUUUCUAUAAAGGA